CAGAGUAACAUCAUAAACCCAGGACCACCUGACGGCGGAGAACCGGCCCGAAAUAAUGGAAGCAGCGGAGAAAACUCUCACCCACCGAGAUGACACCGGACUUCACGUGAAGCUGCUCGCCCUCGACAAGAACAAGAACAAGAACAAGCACCGGGACGAUCCGAACGAGAAGGAGAAAAAGACGCACAGCGACGAAUCCAACUAUGUGGACCUGGACAUGAAACCCGACGGGCCGAAAACGGUGAAGGUGACGUUCACCGGCGAGGGAAGCCAGCUGUCCGUCAGCAAAAAUGACAGCUCCAAUAAGGUCCAGGAGGAGAGAAAAGAGAAGAAGGAGAGAAAAGUCUCUCCAAAUGAGAUCCAGGGGGAGGAUAUUAUGGACGCGCAUGAGGGGCCGCUGUCGGGUGAGUCUCCGCUGGAAACUUUGACCAAACUUCCCAACAAAAACGCCGACCAGGAGGAUUCGGGGAAUGAGAAGCAAAUAGAACCGAGUGACUGCAGUGAACACGGCUCUAAUGUGAAAGAAUCAGAGAGCGACGAGCUCCAGUAUACGGACAUGUAUCUGCACAGCAGGACGGAGUCGGACGGCGCGCUCUCGGAGCUGUCGGAGCGCAGCUGCGCGUCCGAGGCCGCUCUGCUGCAGGACGAGUCGCACUACAUCACCACGCACGAGAUCCAGCUCACAGAGCUCGACCACGACGUGGACUACGACCUGGGCAGGGGCACCGGCUGCUGGGACUUCGAAGACGACAACUUCGUCUAUUCCUUUGUGGAUUACGCGUCUUUCGAGAGCGACGAGUCCCAGGAGGGCACGCUGGUGCUGGAGGGCCGGAGAGGGCUGCAGACCAAACUCAGCACCGAGCAGGAGGAGAGCGACCUCUGCGACUCCGACAAGUGCGCCAGCUCGGAUGAAAGCGUGUGCAAAACCCACAGCGGGGAAGACGACUUAGUGGGAAGUGGGAAGAUCCACUUAUCCAUCAAAACGUCGUCCAGAGCCGUGAAAGAGCCCGUUAUUGGCGUGUUUGAAAACAGCAGCAGCAGCAGCAACCUGCACGAGUACGCGCAACGGUUUGGAGAUCAGAGCCAUUUCUCUUUCGUCAGCUCCGGCGCCAGAGCGCACGAACCCCUGUGUGAUACAGCAGGCCCGUAUUUCAUCCCGGCUCCUUGCCGUCAGCACCUCGCCACCAAACUGAGAAGGAAAGAUAUCAAUGAGUAUUCCAGCGGAGCGUCCAGCUCCAUCAGCGAGCUGGACGACGCGGAUAAAGAGGUGCGUAAUUUAACCGCCAAGUCUUUCCGGAGCCUCGCAUGCCCAUACUUUGAUGCCAUUAAUCUUAGCACUUCAAGUGAAUCCUCUUUGUCGGAAUAUGGGCUAAAUAAGUGGUCGGCUUAUGUAGAUUGGAAUUAUGGAAACAUCUCGCAGGGGAAGGAGGGAAGCGUAAUUGCGCACAAGACCUCCAGCGCAACGCUGGAGAUGAACAGGACUGUGGAUAGUAGGAGGCGCAAUGAGUCUGCCACCAGCACGGAGGCUUCAUCGAGCCACAUUCACGCCUUUCACAAGAAGACAGAUUCGCAACAAGUGGCAGCAUCUUCCAGUAAAAGGAUUCAGCUGAAGGAUCCUUCAGUUCAGCCGAGCCAGCGAGGAGUCACGCUGAAUUUCCGCUGCAAUGUCGAAUCCCACGAUGGACGCAGGAGUUCCAGAUGCUCCAAGAAGGCACGACCCAGUGAUGUCACCGGGACCGUGCUGGCCAGGUCGGGGUGUAAAGUGCAAUAUCACCGCGCAGAGAGCACGGAGGACACUCACAAAAGGGCAAUUUUUGCAUCAAGUCUGUUGCAAAAUGUGAUAUCCAAAAAGAUGCAGUUCGAGCAAGAGCGCAAAAUGGAAAGGGGGGAAAUCCGUGACACACACCCACCGGUCUCCCCUUGUUUUUAUCAAGAUGGGUUGAGAGAAAAUAAUCAAGGUAAGGGUUUACAGAGACAAACCUCUGAUUCAGGCUCAACGUUUACUGUUAAUUCUGAGCAGGAUGAGCAGUCAGAGGAUUUCAGGCACAGCCCCAGUGGGCCGGAGGAGACAACAGGCACCAAAACACCGGAUCAUUCAGAAAAAGAACAAGAUGAGCACCAAAAAACACCACUCAUCUCCAACCAAAGUAGUGCAUUUAAUGCAUUAAAAGAAGAAGAGCCACAGGCUGUGAAGGAGGCUGGUUUUACAUCCCUAAAUGGUUCACAAUACACCGCAAAAGAAGGAGUAGACACCAGCAGCAUGCUGUCAAAACUACUCUUUGUUCCAAGCUGCCAGCUUCUUCCAAAAGACAGGGACUCAAAUGAAGCAAAACCACCUACCGGUUCACAGAAAAUUGAAAAGGAGCUGAAAAACAGCAAUGAUGGAUACCCAGAGGUGGAAGAACAGAAUGGAAAGCAAGGGAAAUCACCUGGAAUAAAAAUAUGUCUGAGAAGUGUCAAAGAAAACAAAGGAGGCAGACUUAAUAUAGCAAAUCUCCUAACUCCUAAAAUAAGUUAUAACCUUAACACACUUAGGACAGUAGAUGACACCAGAUUCCAUCUUUUGCCUGCAACUGAUAAGGUCCCAAACUUCACUGUUAGAGAUGUAAGAGAUAACAAAUGCAAGUUUCAGACGCCAAUCUAUCACGUUAGGGAUGUGCGUAAAUUGGUUAAGAGUUCAUAUCGGUUCAUCUCUUUGGAUAACAGUGACAGUAAAUGUUCCACAACUGCUAAUAAACUGGAGGAGAAGACCAAAGUAGAGCCACCAAAACAUGUAUUACCAUCUCCCAUUGUGAUUAAAUGCAACUCUGUUAAAACAAAUGCUAAAUCCCCAAUAGCUCAAGCAUCACAGAAAGAAGCAGAAGCAGAUGCCCCGUCGGAAAUAUCCCAAAAUGAAAAUACUCCUUUACAGAGUGGCUCCAGCAGGGUGCCCACAGUUGUAAAUAAGCAGGGCAAUCCUGAUCAAUCCGAGGUUCCACCAAAUGUUGAGGGCAAACUGUUGAAACUGAGGCUGGAUAAGUUUGCAGGUGAGGCAUCUGAGAGGAGAAAUGAGGCUACAAUGCCAAAGCAGGGUGCACUGGAGAAACUCAAAGCUGCAGUCAAAACGAUGGAGCAGCUUUAUGUUUUUGAUCAAAAUGAAUGGAAGCGUAAAACUCAGCCCCCACGUCCCGUCACAGACAGCCACGUGCUGUCGGUCAUCGCCAGUGAGAUGGAGCUGGAGCCAGCAAACAGGAUUCCCAAGCCUUCACCAAACACCACAGAAACAAGGAAGCCACAAGGAGACAAAAGGGCUGCGAAUAUCAUACACGUUCCAUAUACUAAUGACGGUUUUAAUGCGCAGUCUCAGCAAAGUAAAACAUUCACUAAGAAAAGCACCCUGCAUUUUGGCAACAAGACCCACGUCAGCAUUAACUCAGAUGCAAACCCCGUUCCGCAAACCUCUGCUCUCCUGUCGCCUUCUGCUAUUAAAAGCUCCAAGAAACCUGUGGCUCCACUGUCGGUGAAAAUAGAGCCGCCGAAACAUGGCCAGGUGGAGCAGGGCAACUCCAAAACCAGCCCUACUAAUCCCACCGUCACACCAAGCUCUUUAGACUCUGAGAACUAUCUAACCAUCCCAGGACUGGGGCGGACAAAUGAAAGCAAACCGUUGAACCGAGAGGAGAUUUCAAGCCUUAGUAAAGUCCAUGCAGGUGAGAGCAAGGAAGCCGAGCAGAAGAAGUCUCCUCUGAUCAUGGAAUACCCAGCUGCAACAAUCUACCAUCAUUCAACAGCAGUGACAAGUCCUCAAAAACAACCGCAGCUGUUAUGUUUCUCUCCUUCCGGCCCCACUGUGUCCCCUACACCCUCUGCUGGAGAGAGGGCCCCACAAACCCAACGCAAGAUGCUCUUGGACCCCACAACUGGACAUUAUUACCUGGUGGAUACCCCCAUACAGCCCUCCACCAAGAGACUGUUUGACCCGGACACAGGCCAGUAUGUGGACGUCCCAAUGACCCAUUCGCCGGUGGCGCCCGUUACACCCGUGCCUCUCUCUUUGUCUCCCCUGGCUCUCAGCCCGCCGGCGUACGCCCCCACCUACAUGAUCUACCCCGGCUUCAUCCCAUCACCCACUUUAGCGGCCCAGGCAGUGAUGCCACAAUCCCCAUGUCAGUCGGAGCACGCAGCCGGGGAAAACGUGAAAAACGCCAGCAGUCCUCGGCUGGAGAGCACGACAGCAGGUGCCGAGAGUUCACAUUACAGUCCAAUAAGAGAAGCUCAGCGGAGGCCGCUGCAGCUGGGACGUAUGAUCGCCAGAGGAAGUUCUGAGAGGAAGCCCCUCAUCAGCAUCACAAGGCAACAAGGUCCAAGAAUCAUCGCGCCACCUUCCUUCGAUGGAAAAACAAUGAGCUUUGUAGUUGAGCAUCGGUGACCAAGACAGCGGCUCUUCGGAAAUAUAUCUCUCCUGAGGAAUCUGCCUGCAUUCAGUGUAAGUGCAGCUUUCCCCCCAUGUGACCUGCUCCCAAGACGUCCACCGUCACCUUCUGCCCUCUCUUUGUACUGUUGUUUAUCUUUGUUUUUAUGUGUGCAUUGCAGCACUUUUGAAGUAGAAACAAAUUCAACCAUGCCCUUUGGCUAAUGCACUGAUAAAAAGAAAAAAAAAUCUGAUUUGUAACACCUUUAAUUCAGAACUCUGUUGUUUAAAUGCUAUCUGUGCCCUGCAGUCUAUUCAAAAGGAAACAAGGACGUUAUGUGACCUAAAAGUGUUAUUUAUUUUUAGCCAAGCUACCACUUAAUUAAUACUAAUACAAGAUACCAUGCAUUUAAUGUGAGACUAUGUCAUUUUUCAAAAGAAAAAAACAGUUAACAUAUGAGAAAUAUAAAACAGUUACACUAAAGUCUCUCUGGUGUCUAUUGCUCUGUAAUUGAGAUUACUGAGUUUGCUUGCUGUCAUUAUGACACUAAAUGUUCUGCGAUUAACACUCUGUUACAGAUUAAUUUAUGUUAUCACAAAAGUAAAACAAGAUGCAAACACGCAGAACUUGAUAAGGAGUUAUAUUUGAUGUCUGAUGUGGGGUGUUUUAAGCAUCUGUAGGUGCUUUUGCACCACAAUUCUUGUAACUGUAAAAUGUCUGUUUGUCUGUAUUACACCUAUUGUAGGUCAUCGAACUUCUUAUACAGGGUUUUAUUUAUUUUUUUCGUUCCUGCUCCGAAGUGGAAACCAAUUACACAAAAAUGUACUAAUAUUGUAGCUCUUCCAAAAUCUGUAUUAUUGACAUAUUGACUACUAUUUAAGCUCUUGUUUGGGCAUAUGAUGUCUGUGAGAUAUUCCAGACAUUCAACUGAAAAGAGAUCACUUGGAAAACUAGAGUACUAGAGAGUAGAGGGAUUAAGUUCCUUGUCUGCUUCGGGUCCUCCAGGAAAAAUUGUGCUAUAAGAAAGAAAACAUGUUGGCAAAGUUUCUCCCAUCUGGGCCAGCAGUGGAAAAGGUUUUGCAGAUGUUAAUUUGUAACAUGGUUAUCAAAAAUUCAAAGGGUUUUCAGUCAAGCGUAGUUCCGUAUUGUAUGUGUUUUUUCUUUAUUUUUUUUUUAAUUUUUUUUUUUAUCUUGACCAGAAUGGUUUGCUAUUAAUAAAAAUUAGCCAGCAGGAAGAAUAGAUAGGAAUCAUGACAAUCUUUGGUGUAUAGAAAAUAAAAAGUCCUGUAAGUGGUGAUGAGGCCACAUUCAAAUGUAAAAAAAUUCAGUUGGUUUAAAUUGCACAAUUUCUGUAGGUCUUUCACAAUUAUCCAACAACAGGGACCAUUCGUCUGCACUGGAUGUUGAAUCAAACUUUUUUUUUUUUUUUUGGUUAUAGUAAGUCUGAUGAUGAUUUGAAACUAAUAUAUUUCAAAUGAAUAAUUAAUUUGUAUUAAUAACUAAUAAUUUUAUGUAUUGACAAAUCAUUUUACAGAAGAUUCAAGUAACAAAUAUAUAUUUUGGUAUUGACAUGUAUCAUAUCACUAUCAUUUAAAUGUCAGUCAGCGGCUCAUGUUCUACUUUAAGAAACAUCCAUGUCAUGACUUGCACAAUGCUGCCAAUUCCUGCACAACUGUAUGUUGUAUGAAAUGUUUUUUAUUUCAAAAGCACACCUUUUAUAUUACACUGAGAGAACAGAAACGCAACGAUGUGUGUCGUUCGGAUGAAAACAGAGCUGGGCCUCGGGUUUAACGCUGUAUCUACUAAGGUCAUUAGUAGUAAUCGUGGGGCUAAUGAGUGGGAGCCAGCUGAGAUGUUUGGAGGACGAGUUCCUCUGUCUGUGCUGCUGUAGUUUACACUUUUGUGCAAUGAGAUGGGAGCUGGUGUGUGUCUGAGUAUGUUUGUGGCUGUGAGUUAUGUGUGGCAUUUGAGCAUUCUGUGAGUACAACACGGAGUUAUGUUACUUCUCUGCAAACAGGGUCACGCAGGCUGUACAUGUGUGAAGUGUGACUUUACACUUAACACACUGCAGCCGAUUGUCUCUGGAGUUCCUCACUGUAAAUUGUCUUGAGGUGGGAUUUUAUUAAUAAUCUAAGAGACUAUUAACCACUGAAAUCCAAAUUAGAAUGACUUUUCAUUUUUUUUAAUUACCUCUUCUUCUUUUUUUGGUCCUGUUUCCAUUUGAAUACACGGCGGGGCUUCAUUUGUCAUUUUGCUUGACUUGACUCACUUAUACCAGCAUCCAUGUAGAAAUUAUGCCAACUGUAGAUUUGCUGUUUUUAAUCAUGUUUCAUAAACUAAACACAAAGGUAUUUGGAGCUGCUGGUCAGUCUACGUACCUCCAUGUAAAAUAAAUAUAGUUUACCCUCUGGGACACCAUGCUCUACAUAAAUGAGUUGCUCCAAGAGUAGAUUUUGUUAUGAUCAAUCAAUGCAGUGUUUGAGACCAUAUGUUAUUGAUUUUGCAAAAAAUAAAAAAAGUUUGCUCUUCAGGGCAAAUUAAAGUUAAAACACUUGAUGCACUUUGAAGUGCAAUUGUAGCUUAAAGGUUUAUUCUGGAGUUAAAACAAACUUUAGAUCUAUUAUUAGGUGAUACGGAGUGUAAAUGUUUGUUAGGGACCAAAACAACAUGAAUCAAAGCGGUUCUGAGUGAUAGUGACAUAUGCACUUGCAGUAACAUUAAUGUUAACACUUAGGGAAAUCCGUAAUAAAUUGCUAAUUUAAAGGUCAGACUGUUUAACUGAUAGCGUGGAUACUUUCAAACCAAAGUGACAUUAUUUGGAAAUGUACAGAAAGUUUAUAAAAAGGUCUGUUUGUAUAUGCGUCUCAGUGUGGUUGCUGCCAUGUUAUCAUAAUUCUGUACAAGUCAAGUUUGUCACAUAAAUGUCUGUCAGUACGUGCAAAAGAAUGAGAGAUGAUGGAUCAGUACUUCAGUAUCUAUACGACAAAACAGGAAACUGUCUACAAGUAAAAAUGUAAACCAGACCCUUACAACAGGUAACAUUAGGGUUGUUUAUAUGUUGGUCAGUUGCCCCAAGUGUUUACGCUAAUUGUCAAAGUUUUUUUCUUUUGUCACUAAAAACUACUUCAGUUUACAUUGUUUUGGUCCCUAAAUGAAUUAAAUGAAUUAAUUAAAUGAACUAAUUGCCAUCUAACAAUAGAGAAAAAGUUAUUUUAACUCCAGAAGAUUCCCUUGAAGUUUAAAUAAAACUAAGUCUAUUGAAUGUUAAUUUAUUUGAAUAAAUGUAUUUAAUAAUAAAUAAAAAAAAGUCAUUGGUUUGGGAAAGGUAAGAAAAGGAAAGCAAUUUUUUUUUAAGUAUAAUUAGGUCCAUACUGAAGGGAUAUGUGCCACUAUACACCAUGAAAAGUGGACCGAUAAGGAGACACUUUACUUUAGUGCAUUCACAUUUAUUUACAUUCAUAGUGAAAUUUGUAAAAUUGGAUAAGAAAUGCAAUAAUUGUUAAUAUAGUAAUUAAUAAUUUGCAAGAUCCAGUAAAGUGCAGGAUGAACAUAAAACUGAAGCAACUUAAGUUCACUCGUGCCUUUUAUUAGCAACACUGUGCCCUUUAUCUGUUAAUAAUAAUGAACUUAAUGCACUUAAAGUGUGACUGUUUUGUCACCAAUAAUAAGGAAAACAUUUUUAUUGUUGAAUUUUGCCCCAAAGUUGCACUAUAACAAGAUUUUUAUUAGAUGUUUUAAAAUUAUGUUUAAGUCCUCUUUUUAAAACAUAACAUGGCACCGUGCAUAAAUACUAUGCCAUCUCAAGCACAUUUUUCUUCUUUUGACAUAUCAAAUGCGUUACGAUGGUUGAGGAUGAACCUGAUUCCUGAUGAAAAUAACACAAACAAAAAAACAUACCUGCAGGUAAAUUGAUAGUACAUGGCAUGGUAUUCUUUGUGAUUUACAUGCCAUGCCAUAAUAACUGGCAGGUUUGUUUUUGGGCUAAAUAGGGCUAACUGAUUAUAUGAACGCUUUAUUUUGUAUGAAAUAAAAGGACUCAGUUGAGGUGAAUGUGAUGUGAUGGUCUGAGAUAAGUGCAUACUUGUGUAAAUGUCGAAAGAAAAGAGGCACGCGUUUGAAUGACAUGUCCUAAUGGCUCUAAAGUCGUGCAGUAGUGUAAUCUUUGUCAGCGAUGCCGCCAGCUGUGUUAUGUGGCUGCCUCUCAAUAAGACAGAGGUCGGGAUGAACGUGGAGGGACACUUGAAAAAGAAAAGUGAGUGCUGUGUUCGCACUUACCAUGCUGAAAGUAAGGAAUAUGGUGAAUGACUGUAAUGUAGACUGAAGAGCCUACAUUUGUUUGUAAUAAAUUAAAAAUACA